UGUGUGUGUGUGUUGAUCACCUGAACAGGUAGAGCCUGUUUUUUUUUGUGGUUCCCAGUUUCAGCUUUUUUUUCUCUCUGACUCAGCAGGAAACUCUGCUACUUUAACGGGAAGUAAUAAAGUCUCGCGCUUUAAGGCCUGUACCGGACCCGUUCCUUCCACGCGCGCGGCAAACGGUUUGCGAAGGACCGGACACUCUUCAGUAAGGAUUAAUCCCCGUUAAAGUGUGUGUGUGUGUGUGUGUGUGAGAUACAACAUCAAACCGGACAUGGAGCGCGCGCUCUCCAGGACCGAGUCCGUUUAAUCACCGGGUUUGUUUAUUGAUUGUUUAUUAAUCGGUGUAUAAUCGGGGGAAGAUGCCGCUCCAGCUGACGGAGCUGCGGAAGCGGAUAGUCGCGUGCUGCCUCGCGACGUGUCCGUGUUCCCGGGAGAAACCUGCGGACCCCCAGGACAAGGACGUGGUGGUGAUCGUGAACCAGCACACUAAGGUGGAUCCGGCGUCGCGCGUUCUGCCCCUUCCGCCCGGUUCGUCCGGUCCGCGCGUGUACACGGCUCUGUGGGAUUACACCGCGCGCACCACCGAGGACCUGAGCUUCUGCGCGGGGGAUCAGCUCGAGGUUCUGGACCAGAGCAGUCCGGACUGGUGGAUCGCGCGAGCGCUGACCGGAAUUUCCGCCCGCAGUCAGGGGUACAUACCGGCCAACUACGUAGCACCGCUCGCGAGCCUGCACGCAGAGAGGUGGUAUUUUCCUGAUACAAAGCGUCUGGAUGCAGAGAAGCUCCUUCAGGCUGAAGGAAACAAACAUGGCUCAUUUCUCAUCCGAGAAUGUGAGAGUCAGCCGGGGGAACUGUCAAUGUCAGUGUUGGAUGAGGGAAAGGUGAAGCACUAUAAGAUAAAGCGAUCGGACAAUGGGCAUUACUUUGUGUCGAAGAGGCGGACCUUCAUCACACUGAAGGAGCUGGUAGAAUAUUACAGCACAACAGAGGACGGACUGUGUGUCCGACUCACACAACCCUGCAGGAAGGCUACAGCUCCGCAGACUCAUGGUCUGUCCUAUAACACAGCGGAUCAGUGGGAAAUUCCACGCAGCUCCAUCUGCCUGCUGCGUAAACUCGGAUCUGGACAGUUUGGAGAAGUUUAUGAAGGACUGUGGAACAGCACAACUGCUGUUGCUGUGAAAACACUUCGGCAAGGCAGUAUGAAUUCUCAGGAUUUUCUCCGUGAAGCUCAGAUCAUGAAGAAGCUGCGUCACCCGAAGCUGAUUCAACUGUACGCAGUGUGUACUGUCGGAGAACCGAUCUACAUCAUCACAGAACUGAUGACCCACGGCAGCCUAUUAGAGUACUUACAGAAGGACAGAGGAGAGUUUGUGGGAAUGCCUGAUCAGGUGGAGAUGGGUGCUCAGGUGGCAGCGGGGAUGGCAUAUCUGGAGAUACAGAACUACAUCCACAGAGACCUCGCAGCCCGAAACGUAUUGGUGGGAGACAACAACACCUGUAAAGUGGCAGACUUCGGCUUGGCCCGAGUGUUCAAUAGCGAGGGUGAUGAUGUUUAUGAUUAUGAAGAUAGUGAGGACGAGCGUGUGUAUGAGAUGAGACAGGGAACUAAACUGCCCAUUAAAUGGACAGCUCCUGAAGGAUUGCACGACAACAAGUUCUCCAUUAAAUCCGACGUGUGGAGUUUCGGAAUCCUGCUCUACGAAAUCAUGACCUUUGGACAAACGCCGUACCCCACACUCACUAAUUUCCAGGUGAUGCAGAGGCUGCGUACGAAUUACCGGAUGCCGUGUCCUGCAAACUGUCCGAAGCGCAUCUAUGACAUCAUGAUGGAGUGCUGGAAGGACUCGCCCCCUGACCGGCCCACCUUCGAAACCCUGCAGUGGAAACUCGAGGAGUUUUAUGAUGUGGACAUCAGCGAAUAUGACGACACCUGCGGCUACUGAUCAAAUCCUUACCACCAUCUUUAAUUACCCAUGAUCCUCUCUGCCCACUACCAAGUACACUACAGCGGUGUAGCGCACAUGAACAGGGUUCUUGUUGUAAGUGAAUGAUUAAAAAAUCUGUGCUGUUAUUAGAACCACACAUGGGAACAUUCCCAGCCAAUCAGAGUGGAGCUAACUGCUGUAUAAUUAUAGAUUAUAUUAGUAACGUAAUCAGUGAUGUUUCUUUAUUUAUGAUAUGCACAGUAUCCUAUUCAUGUGUGUAUAUGUGCAUGUUUAAAAUGUUUUAAUUAAAAAUGUUUGUAAAAAAUGUCACUCUUUCCUGUCUUCCUCUCACUAGGCUAAUGAUCUCAUUAAAUAUGUGAAUAUUCAUGUUUAAUAAAUCAAUCCUGCUGGUGUAUGAAAUACUGUAUGUUUAUGUGACAGAGUGUGAUGAAUAAAUUAGACGUGAGCCAACAGCGUUAAUAAUUCAUCUAUAUAUUCAUAAUGAAUAAUUAAUUAUUCCUCUCUAUGCACUGUAUUUGCAUGUAUUUUUUGUAAUAAUUAACAACUCAUUGAAAUAAACUUGAUAAAUUUG